AUGGCGAAGAAGACGGGGCUCAAGCCCCAACCGACUCAACAGUCUCUUCCUUUGAUGUUGUCUGCCCCCUGGACUUUUCUCCACCCUACCGACGACCUACAUACCCUAAUUGCAGAUUCCACCAAACAAAUUCUGGACCCGCUUGCUUCCUCAGUCGUGGAGGAGCAAUCCAUUCGCCGACAACUCAACAAGAAGCGUAAACGAUCGGACGCCGACACGGAUGCCAUAUAUCCACCAUUGCAGCUGAAAAACCUAUACGUGGAUGGGUUUACGUCCAACCAAAUCUGGGAACAAGCGACAAGGAUUCUUGAUGCAGCCGGGAAUGAAAUCGAGAGAGACUACAACUUACUGGCAGCGCACGAUGACUUCUCAUCAUCUGCCAGCGAGGGAGGGUCAGGCUCGCUAGAUUUCUCCGAUCUCGAGGGAAUGGAGUCUGAAAGCGACGACGCUAGCAUGUCAGAUGAUGUCCUGGAAGACGCAAAUACCGACGAUAUGGACGGGGCACUGGAUCUCGAGUCUGACUCCUCGGAUAAAGCCGAAUUGGAAGAUGCGGACAUGAUCGACGAGGAGGACGAGGAGGACGAGGAGGACGAGGAUGAAGAAGCGUCGGUAAAGUCCACCGAGGAUCCUGGUGUCUACGUUGAAGAUCGCUUUGGGCUCAAUGAUGGCUUCUUUUCUAUCGAUGAUUUCAACAAGCAAACUGAAUUCUGGGAGAGACAAGACGCCAAUGGGGAGAAUGUGGAUGCCGACGACAGCGAUGAGGAACUCGACUGGCAUGCGAAUCCACUUACCGCUGGGAAUGUGACAUCUAGUGCUAAGAGCACUGCAUCAAGCAAAGCAAACGGGCUGGAUGACAUGGAGGUGGAUGAUAGUGAGGAGGAAGGGCCAACCUUUGGCAACGCCGAUCUUCAUGGAGACGACGACGACGACGACGACGAGGACAACGAUAUGGGCGACAUGGAUGCCCCUGCCUGGAUGGACACAAGUGACAUCAAGUACACCGACUUCUUUGCCCCGCCGCCACGUAAGGCUUCAUCCAAGAAAGCACGCUCACUUCCAAAAACUCAACCUCCCGUACCUGUUAUGGAUAACGAUGUUGACCGUGCCAUGGCGAAUGUGCGACGUGAUCUGUUCGACGACGAAUCCGAAAUUGAGGACGAGGAAGAUGCCGUUGAUGAGUCUGGCGAUGCUCAAGCUCCCAAGUCAACGCACGAGAAGCAGAGGGCGCGCAUCGCCGAUGAGAUUCGUCGAUUGGAAGCGGCCAACGUUGCAAAGAAAGAAUGGAUGCUUGCCGGUGAAGCUCGUGCAGUCGAACGACCCGUUAACUCUCUUAUCGAAGAGGAUCUGGACUUUGAGAGAGUUGGCAAGCCUGUUCCCGUCGUGACAAAUGAAACCACCGAGGAUAUCGAGGAGCUGGUCAAACGCCGAAUUCUCGCCACGGAAUUUGACGAGGUCAUUCGCCGUCGCCCGGGUGCCGCCGACGCCAAAGCCCCACGAAGUAGCCGGUUCGAACUGGAAGAUACCAAGGCGCAACAAAGCUUGGCUGAACUUUAUGAAGCCGACCAUUUGCGUGCCAAUGACCCGAACUAUGUUGACUCCAAAGACCGCAAGUUGAUGCGGGAACAUGCCGAGGUCAACAAUCUUUGGAAGGAGAUUAGCUCACAGUUGGAUACUCUCUCUAACUGGCACUACAAGCCCAAGGCACCUCAGGCGAACAUUAGUGUCGUGACUGACGCGCCAACGAUUAUGAUGGAGGAGGCACGUCCUACGGCGGGUAGUGCGGCCGAUGGACCGUCGGCCCUCGCACCCCAGGAAAUCUACGCGCCUGGUGAUGAUGGUAGAGCCGCAGGCGAGCUGGUGCUGAAGACUGGUGCCACCAUCUCGAAGGAUGAAAUGACUCGGGAAGAGAAGGCGCGGGCUCGUCGCCAGAGAAAGACCCAGAAGGCCCAUGCUGAGCCGACUCAGAGGAAGGGCAAGGCUGCCGAGAAACAGCAGCUUGUCUCUGAUUUGAAGAAGGGUGGUGUCAAGGUUGUCAACAAGGAGGGCCAGGUCACGGACAUGGAUGGAGCCAGGGUCGGGACCAGUGCCAAAAAUAGUGCUGACAAUCUGAAGCUGUGA